CGCACACUGAAACGGUCAGAUACACGCUUUUCACUCCGCCGCAAGGAAUUCAAGAGAAAUAUCUGUGUGUUUUUGAAUAUUUUUCUUAAUAUUUGGAAUCUCAAGUGCCGCGUGUGUUAUUUUGAGUUAUCGCGAUCGCGGCUAAGUGCAAUUAGUGCCACAAAUUUAGUGCAAUGAAUUGGGAAAUGUCUUUUUCUGGCCAGGCGCAUCAUUAGCAAUUGAAUUAACAAAAAAAGAAAGAUAUUACAGUGCUGUUGUGAGUGUUGCGAAUUUUUAAGUGUUCAAGUUCCAGUUGCUCUAAGAUUUUCCAACGAUACCGGACAAUCUGCAGCCGCUCACAUAUUUGGAUUCGUUAAAAAGUGAAAAAUCUGCUGGGGAGGGGAAAACAAUCCGACUGCAAAUCCAAUAAGCCGCCGACAAAAGCCUCGUCUAAGCCACAGUCAAAAAAAAAAGAACCAUUAACCAAAAAUUAAAAGCAGCAUCGAAAACGAGGACAACAGAAGGGCUUCCGCCAGGAUUGCGUUCUUGUAUUUCGGACACACGUGCGCCGCGGCUGCGCCCGUGCCCGUGUCCUUGGCAGGACCUGUGACGUCGCCGGUGGGGUUUGGGUCCGGGUCCGGGUUCGGGUCCUCGACAGCCACCAUGAAGCUGUCCAAGCUGUCCAACCAGACCAACUCGCAGGAUCCGCAGGCGGUCAACUCGCGCAUCUUCGUGGGCAAUCUGAAUACCUUCCAGUGCUCCAAAACGGACGUGGAGCGCAUGUUUCAGAUCUACGGCCGCCUCGCGGGCAUAUCCAUGCAUAAGGGCUAUGCCUUUGUGCAGUUCACCAACCCGUUCGAUGCCCGGAAUGCCUGCCACGGCGAGGAUGGCAAGACGGUCCUCAGCCAGACAUUAGAUGUCAACAUGGUGGCCGAACCGAAAGCGCAUCAGAUUGGAAGGAAACGCCAGAAUGUGAGCAAGACCGGAAACGAUUGGGACUACUUCUAUGACAGCUACUGUUCCUCGGCGCUUUUGCGGGGCGGCGGGGGCGUUGGCGGGGGCGGUUCGAACGGGGUGCGGGCCAAGAAGCGGAAGCGCCUGAUGACUAAUGGCGGCGGCCUGUCGGUGGCCGUGCAGCAGCAACAACAGCAGCACGGGCAGCACCAUCACAGUGCGGCCGCGGUGGCCGCUGCCGCUGCGGCAGCCGCCGUCCAUCAGCAGCAGCAGCAGGUGCAGCACCAGCAGCAGCAACACCACCAGCAACAGCAGCAGCAGCAUCAGCAGCAGGUGGCCGCCGUUGCCAUGGCGGCCAUGGCCAAUUUGUUGCCGCAACAGCAGUUGCUGCUGCAUCAGCAGAAUCUGCUGUCGAAUGCGGCGGUGGCCACAACGGCAACGGCGGCUCCGGGAUCCCUCCACUGGUCGCAAUACAAACAGGAGCAGCAGCAGCACCACCCACAUCCGCACCACCCGCACCACCAGCAGCCGUUCGGAUUUCAGCUGAAGAGCAGCACGGCUGCUGUCCAGGCGACGACAUCGCCGCAAAAUGCAAAGUCUGCAAUAAUUGCUAAUCAAACGGCGCUCGGCGAGCCAUAUCCGGUUGGAGCUGCCGCUGCCGCCGCCGCCUUCGCCACCCAUCAGCAACAUCAGCAGCAGCAGCAGCAGCAACAUCAGCAACAGCAACAUCAGCAACCGUUGCUGCAGCCGUUGACUCUGGCAUUGUCCCCACAGCAACCGCAGCCUCAUCAGGCGGCAACGCCACUACAAUUGCACAGCCAAUUGAUGCAGCAACAUCAACAGCAGCAGCAGCAGCAACAGCAGCAGCAACAACAGCAACAGCAGCAGCUACAACAGCAGCAACAUGCUCAGGAGCAAUUAAGUUUGCAUCAGCAAUGGGGACCAUUCAAAGUCUACAGCAAUCCGGACACAUUAAUCUGCGGCAAUUGCCGGGAAUCCUUUGGCGAGCUGUCUGAGUUAUUGGACCACAAGAAAAGUUAUUGCAAGCUGAGGUUCACAUGCAAGUGCCAGGAUGUUGCCUUUGCGGCAAGUGCAAAGACUCCGCCGACGAGCGCCAAAUUGCUGUGCGCCGUUUGCAAGGAUGCGUUCGCCAAUCCUUGGGAUUUGAUGGUCCACGCACAGGCCGCCCACAUGGUUAACAUUUACGAGCUGGGCGAUGAUGAGGGCAACUCAACCACCCCCAUCAUCAGCACCACCGCCACCACGAACAAUAAUAUUGCAACUGCAGCCGUGGAGAAUGGACAUGCAAUCGCUGAUGAGGUUGCCACAAAGCAGCAGAUGCCACAGAUGCAACCGGCCUCAUCAACACUUAACAAGGAGCCCAAUAACAAUAAUAAAAUUAGCAACAACAACACGGAGGCCAGCAACAACAAUGGCCACAUGUCGCCCUCGGGAACGGGAAUCAUUAUGGCAUCUUCUGGCUCAUCGGCAUCGGCUGAGAAUGGAGCGGCCAGCGACAUGGAGGCCAACUGCCUGGACAUCAAGUUCAGCCCCGGUGCCAGUCCCAAGGAGGUGGGUGAUAUGGCCAUCCCCACACCCGGCAGAGACUCCCACUCCCUAAUGAUUCUAUUGCAGGAUCAGCACAGGGAUGAUCUCUCGCUGGACGGACGCAUGUCGAGCAGCUCCCAGCAGACCCAUCACUCGGACGAGCUGAACGUCAAGCUGCUCAAUGGCUCCGUCUCCUCGAGGGGCAGUUCCCCCGGACUGGAGGCGGAUGAGCCGCCGGCCACCAGGGCUUGUAUCGUCCGCACUCUGAGCAUUGAGACAACCGGUUCAGCCGCAGCGCCAACUGCCAAUGCCUUGAGCAUGAUGUCGAACAGCUUGAGCCUGGCCCUCGCACCGCAAUAGGUCAAAGGUCAAGAGCAGAGUCUCAAGCUCCUGGAAAGGACAAGCGGGCUCAGAAGACUCCCUUUGGAGUGGUGUUUUGUGCUAUCGUAAACCGAUACAAGUGCAAUUUCUUCAGUAUUUUUGUAACAGACUAACCCCGGCGGGAAGCUAAUAGGUCAGAAAAAAAAGAAAAACAA